UUCCCUUUCUGCUCGCAGUGAGACUUCCCCGGUUCGCUCCCCUCCGGCCGCCGCACGGAGAGAAGCAGCCGCCAUGCAGGCCGCCGCCGCGCGCGCGCGUCGCGUCCUCGCGUCCCCGGCGGCCUCCGGACUCCCUGGCAUUCUCUGGGGCCCUCGCCUCGGGAGCGCAUCAGGCGCUGAGGGUGCCCUCCUGCUCCAUCUCCAUGCCGUCCCCUCCUCGGCGUCUUCUCCGCAUCACGCCAGGGGCUUCGCCUCCUGCUUUGCCCCCCAAUCGCCUGGUAACCUUAUAUUGACAGCCAUGGCUUCACAAUGGUCGAGUGAGAAAUCAGUACACUAUCAGAUGGCAACAACUCAUUUCUCAACAGAAGCAAGUGACGUGGAUCACCCUACAGAAGCUGUAGAGGAGAUGUACCAGAGAAUGUUAAAAUCUGUUGAAGCUGAGACUAUGCCUCCAAAUGCCUGGUUGUGGUCUAUGAUCAGUAGCUGCUCCAAUAAGGAGGACAUCAAACUUCUUUUUCAAAUUUUGCAGAAGCUAAGAGUAUUUCGAUUAUCAAAUCUUCGCAUCAACGCAAACUUCAAUGACCAUCUCUGCAUGAAAGUGACUGAGGCUUGUGCUCGUGUGGGCACCCUUGACUAUGGGCUGAAGGCUUUAUGGAAGCAUAAUGUUUAUGGAAUCACACCAACCAUUGGUUCUGCUCAUUAUCUACUGCAACAUGCGAAAACGCUAAAUGAUACUAAACUAAUGGAAAACAUAAUGCAAGUCCUUAGGAGGAAUUCCUUGCCAUUGCAACCAGGCACUGCUGAUAUGGUCUUCAGCAUCUGCUACAAUGCUGAUAGAUGGGAUUUGCUCUCAAAAUACGCUGACAGAUUUGUUAAAGCUGGUGUCAAGCUGCAUCGAACUGCGUUUGACAUUUGGAUGGAAUUCGCCGCCAAAGUUGGUGAUUCUCAAUCUAUUUGGAACAUCAAUAGUCUAAGAGGCAAGUCCGUCAAACACUAUACUCUUGCAACAGGUUUUGCUUGUGCAAAGGGGUCCUUGCUUGAUCGGAAGCCAGAAAAUGCUGCUGCCAUGAUUAAACUCCUUUACAAGCAUUUGCCUGAUCAGAAGAAACCAUUUGUGAAAGAUGAGCUCAAAAAGCUGAUUGCUGAAUGGCCUACAGAGGUGAUAAAAAGGCAGAAGAAAGAUGAUAGGAAGGCGAUGGAGGAAGCUUUGAUUAAGGACAUCCCUACGAUGAUCAAUUGUCUGACAAAGUCAGGACUCGACAUUCCUGUGGAUUUGGAGAAGCUGACCCCUCAGCUCCAAGCAGCGUAGAGAAGAAGCGCAGCUUGGAAGAUGGUGUGCAACGGCUGCUUGGCAGAUGAUACCCGAAUUAGGGCUUUGUGGCACGGAUGCAGGCAUGCAGCCAGCCAAGACCAGUGCAUGAGUUGGAAAUGCUUCCCAUAUGUUUGGCUUGAUACAUGUAGCGCUUAGCCUCUCCGAUAGUAGCAUGUGUAUUCCUGGUGCGUCCUCGAUGGCGUGCUCUGUUGUAGCUGUGGAUUUGUGACCUUGAUUAUUGCACGUUGCUUGAUAGCUGCAAUUCUCGUUUUUUAUAAGCUGGGACUGGAAACAUGUAGCCAACAGUUGUUGCCAUAAUGCCAUGUGCUAAUAUUGUUCUUUUUUCCUAUAA